AGCGGCUUUUUGGCCAAAGUGUUAUUUUGUGUUUUGGUGUAUAUUAAAUGGACUACAACAGUUUCUCAUGCGAAAUUCGCGCUUUAGUUAAAUGAAGAUGAAUGCUACAAGUUUAUAUACAUCAACAUCAAGAUUAAUACUGUUAGCCGACCCAGCGGAUAAAAGUUCUUGGUCCGAUUUAUAUCGUCUUGUUCCUUAUUUAAGACAAUCAUUAUCAUGUGCUGUCUGCGGAAAUUUAUUAAAAGAGCCUUAUACUCCUGAAAGUUCCAACUGCCAGCACCAUGUGUGUAAAAAUUGCAUAGGUGGAAGAAAAAAAUUAAAGCCCUCCUGUGGUGAGUGUAAGGAUUAUGAGGAUUAUACCGACAACAGUUUGUUAAGGACUCUUCUUCAAUGUUACAAAAAACUUUGUGAGUAUUUUAUGGAUACAGAAACAUACAGAGUGUUAGUAGAAGAAGAUGCUUCAGUAAUUGGGCAAAAUGGUGGUGUUGUUGCUAGUUCAGGUUUGAUAGAUUUGAUAAGAGAGGGGGCCCGUUUUGAUGAUGAUUAUAAGUGUAAUGCUGGCCUAUCAAAAUCAGCAUAUAGUAUUUUGCCAUGUGUCUAUAACUCUUCAUCCACUCAAACCCAGGCCACUUCAUCAUCAACUAGUAUAGAAACAAGGUCAUCUAAUAAAUGCACCACCAAUAACAGAGAUAUAUCCAAUGGAUCUCCUUUAUAUUCAGUUAUGUAUGCAGGAUCUGGCAACAAAAUAACAAUUAAAAGAAAAAAUGCUGAUGACACAGAAGUAACACAAAGUGAGAAUAGCUUACUAGAUGGCAAAAUGAAUCAACUUCCCUUUAAGAAGCCUUCAAACCGAUCACGCAACCCUGGUAGUAAAAGAAAAGGUUGCCGUUGUGGUAAUGCUACAGCAACUCCGGGUAAACUUACUUGCUGUGGUCAGCGUUGCCCCUGUUAUGUUGAGAGUAAGCCUUGUACCGAAUGUAAAUGUAAAGGUUGCAGAAAUCCACAUAGGGCAGAUGGAUUGAAGGUUCGUCCACACUUACCACAUAUAGAUACCCUACAAUUAACACUUAAUAUGAAUCCAAGCAGUUCACCGUCAUGUUCAGGUUCUAUGGACAGUCUCGAUACUGAUUCACUUACAAUGGAGGCCAUGGAGGAAUCUCUUGGGUUCAGUACAGAUUAUAAGUCACCGAGUCUCAAAGUAUAUACAAGCCAGAUACAAGAAGUGUCAGCAUCCUUACCAGCUACAAUAUUAAUGGAUGAAGAGCUCCCAGCCUCUCCUGACAAUUUAAGCUCGCCAUGUGAAUAUGCUCAGUAUUCUCCUAGAGGAACAAAUGAUACUGAGCUAUCACCACAAUCCACAGGCACACAGGAUAUAAUGAGUGACCCGGAAUUAGAUGCAUGACAGUCAAUUUCUGUUAUAAAUGACUAGAAAACCAUUUUUAGAGUGGAUGUUAGACACACUGCGAUAAUAAAUGCAAAUUUGAAUGUACAGUUCAUCUCAGUGACAAAUGAUAGAGAUCUAUAUGAGUGACAAAUAUUUUAUGUGAGUGCCACCUCUAAUCAAACUAUCAAACUUCCACACUUUUAUUUUCAAUUUACAGAAUUAACUUUAAUGACAACACAUCAUAACACACAAUAUUCUGUUUAUUUUAUGUAUGCAUUAUACUUUGAUAACUCAAAUUGGAAUGUCUAUCAAUAUGCUUGGUCUAAACCAGUGAUGGGCAAAGUACGGCCCGCGAAAGUAUUUAAUCCAGCCUGGACAGGGUCCAUCAGCAAGGAUAGUUUAUGGCCCUUUAUAAUUCCGUUUUGACAGUCGAGAAUAAAAAUUCGAUUCUAUUUGUAUUGUUUUUAUAAUAUUAUAAUUAAAAGCUUUAACAACAAUGCAUUUUUUUAUAAUUGUGGCCUUCCUCUAGAAUUUUAUUCCUUGUGGCCCGCAAUUAAAAAAGUUUGCCCACCACUGGUCUAAACAGUAAAAGCCUCUCCUUAAAUGCAACAAAACCAUAUUCAAUAUUAAUUUGUUUAAGAAACAAUUAAAUACAAAUAUUGUCACUCAAAAUUUCUGCAUUAUUAUCAAUGUUAUAAUUUAUUGUAUAUAAGAGUAAAGAUAGGAAAGUGUGUUUAAAAACAAA